GCUUUUGUACGCAUAUCCCCUUCAGCACUGACCGGUGGAUAGCUCCGUAAUGGGCUGUCAGCCGGAACUAAGCUAACAUCACUGUAACGAGCGGGCGUUUGUAAACGCGUACCGUAAUCAAUGUCGUACAUGCGAGAUCUUGGAAUGACAGGCACUUCAGCCAAUCAGACCGCGCAUUCUAUGUAUCUCCUCACCAGUCACCUAUCGCAUUGAACGCGCCCUUGAAGGGUGGGGCUCCUGUGUGAUGGUUUCUGGAAGGUCAGCCGGUCUCGGUUCAGGAAGAAGCUGCCACGUGACAGGAUUCACGGAAACAGCGUCAACAGGGAACGUAGAGCUGCCGGGAAAUGGCGUCCGAUGCGUACCGGAGUCCGUGUGUCAGUAUGAACGUUAUGCAUGGCUGUUAUAUUUCCCCGCCAAGCCGUGAGGAUGAGUUACCGUCUCCACUUACUUGUUAAACGCAAAGCUUCAUUAAUUGUUUCGGCCUGACGUUGGUGGUCUUUCUUUGACCAGCAAGCAUCUCAAUAGUCAGAAUGAAUCUCAUAUUGGCCAAACUGCUGUGCUUGCUGGCGGUGUUUGUGCUGAUGAUGUUAGGAUCUCUUCUACCCGUCAAGAUCAUUGAAGCAGAUUGUGAGAAGGCCUCAAGGUCCAGAAGAAUCCUCACCUUGUGUAAUUCGUUUGCUGGCGGAGUGUUCUUGGCCACCUGCUUUAAUGCGCUGCUUCCUGCCGUGAGAGACAAGUUUGCCGAUAUUCUUAAAAUGGGAAACCUCAAUACUGAUUAUCCGUUGGCAGAAACCAUUAUGGUCGUCGGAUUUUUCCUCACAGUCUUUGUGGAACAGGCUAUUCUGACUUUUCGAAAGGAGAAACCAUCUUUUAUCGACAUGGAAACGUUUAACGCUGGGUCAGAUGUUGGCAGUGACUCUGAAUAUGAAAGUCCGUUUAUAUCAUCCAAUCGGAGUCAUAACCUCUAUGAAGGGGGCCACAGCCAUCACUCUCACAGCCUGAACAUUCAAGAGCUUUCUAAAUCAAGCCCCCUUCGUCUUUUCAGCUUGGUGUUUGCUUUGUCAGCCCACUCUGUCUUUGAGGGCCUUGCGCUUGGCCUGCAGGAGGAAGGUGAUAAGGUGCUGAGCCUUUUCAUUGGUGUCAUUAUCCAUGAAACCUUGGUGGCAGUUGCCCUAGGUGUCAGCAUGGCCAAAACAAACAUUCUUCUGAGAGAUGCUGCCAAGAUGGCUGUAUUAGUGAGCAUCAUGAUUCCUGUCGGCAUUGCUAUUGGAAUGGUCAUAGAGAGUGCCCAAAAUAUGGCCAGCAGCAUCACUUCUGCGCUCUUACAAGGCAUUGCAGGAGGGACGUUUCUGUUUGUCACCUUUUUUGAGAUUUUAGUGAAGGAGUUGGAAGAGAAAAAUGACCGCUUGCUGAAAGUACUUUUCCUGGUUCUUGGAUAUGCUGUUCUGGCAGGCUUGGUCUUUUUGAAAUUUUGAUCUCAAAAAUCCACAAACCUAACUCGAAACUGUAAGAACAUUUUAAAAAUAACAUUCCAAGCCAGAAUGAUAAGCAAACGUAAAAAGGGAUUUUCAUACCUUAUAUUCAAAUUGUCAAUAUACAAAAGUCCUUGUUCUGUAUCAGUUUAACUAUAUACUGCAUAUUUAAACAAAAAAAAAAAAGCAACUUUUUUUUUCUGUCCUUCACUAAGUAGGGCAUAGGCCAAUCGUGAAAGUUCUUGAUGGAAAGCCAUGCUUACCAUGUGUAGUGCUUUGCCUGUAAGAA